AAAAUGUUGAAACAUAUUUGUUGGUCAAAUAUUGUAAAACGUGAAAAUUCUAAAACUAUGAAAGUAUUUUGAUUAUAAUGUACUUUUAUCCACAUUAAUACUGACAGAUGUCCCAUACCACCCUAAUGCAUGUUCUUUUCACAUGAAAUUCUUGUGAUCAAGGCACAAUAUUGGCUGUGUAAAACAACUGUUUAGACACCAAAAAAACCCCACAGUACAAAGUGUUAAAGAUCAGAAAAAGAUUAAAAGAGAUAACCAGUAUCUCCCCAAUCUAUGGGAUCCCUUCUCUCUCCUGACGUCAGUUGGCCCGAUUAUAUGGGGCCAUAGAAAUACGCAGACUGAGGUUGAGAUUGCUAUCGACUCGGUGUUACGACCACAGUCAUGUUAAACAUGCGGUUGGGCACAGACACCAUUUAAAUGUGCCAUCCGAUGGACUGAUACCACCAGCAAUAACGCGUUUGAUUCUAACACGAUAAUGAAUGUCAUACUUUUGGUGACUAAUAUCUUUACUAAUGAUGUAACUUUUCACCUAAUGCAGCAUUUGAUUCUAAAACAUCAAAAUUUUUAGUGUACAAUAAUUUGCAAUGUUUUAAAGUUAGCCAAAUUACACAAUGGGGGAAAAUAUGUCCAUGUAAUUUUUGGCCCAACAUUAAACAUUAUACGGUUAUUAUUUUGACAAUAGAGCAAAGAACUAGGUUAUGUCACUCAAUAUAUUGUUUAGAAUUUUGUGACAAUCAAUAUGAUUGACACUUUGGUUUGGAACCAACUUUGUUAUGCAAUGAUCAAAACUCCCAGACUGAACAUGGCAGUGUUUUUUAUCGACUUUGGUGUUUAACCUAAGGAAAAUUUGAAAAAAUAAAUACAGUCUGUCAUUUGCUCUUCAGCUUGUAUGCUUCGCUGGAAGAUACAUAUUGAAGGGCAAUGCUAACUCAUGCAUUUUGUUAAACACUGUUUAGUAUUGUUCCUACACAAACAUUCAAGACAAAAGCUUAAAUAUCAUCACAGAUGCAAGUACACAAAGAGGAGUUGACAUUUAAUGAUUGAUUAGAUCUAUCAGUCUCAGUACACGUAAAAAGGUUGCUAUCUUUUGAUUUAAAUUUUGUUGCUAGGGAGAUGGUUGAUUUGUAUGACCAGUCAAAUAAAUCAUAUGAAUAUCAGUCUUAUGCUUAUAUAUUAUAUCUACCAAGAAUGAUUCCUUUUAAUUGUUACAGAAACUUAUUGCUAAUUCAUAGAAGUUCAAGGUGUUGAACAUCGGAUGGCUAAGUUUAGAACUACACAAUUCAAGCUAGGUUUUGAACAUGGAACAUGUGGAAUGGUUAUUUAGUAAUCAAGUUUAGACCUACAUAGUUCAAGCUAGGUUUUGAACAUGGAAUUGUUUAUAAUAAAGUUAAGACCUACAAAGUUCAAACUAGGUUUUGAACAUGGAAUGGUUAAGCAUAUAGAUCUGGAACCGAUGAAUUGUAGGUGCACUUUCUGGUAUCUUUUUGAUAAUGUGCCAUUGAUUAAUUUUGUCGUCAUGUGGCUUGCAAUUGUAAGUACUCAAGGAAUUCUUGCACAUGCUACCACAAAGACUUUACACCAUGACUAUACUCAUUUUAUUAUGUAAAAAAAUUUCCAAGGAACGGUACGUGAAAGGGUAUGCAUUGAGAAAAGGCUGGAUAAAUUAGAAAGGUGUAUUGAUUAUCUAUCAGGUGUUCCGAUCAGCAGGAAAAAUCUAUGGUCAAAAAGGAAAAAGUAAAUAUACUUCAUUCACCUAAGUAAACUCUUGAAGUACAGCACCGAAAAGGUGUGUUUAGAAUUCAUUUCACCGUCAACAUUUUAUCAAAAGAAAUUUAUCAAUUACCGCUAACAUUUAUCAGAGAGUUUCAUGAAAUGUUGAAGCUAAGGCAAUUCCUAUGCCAGCAAGUGAACCUAAAUCUACACUGGAUCUUCUGUUUUAUUGUUUGUGAGGAGAAUUUUAUAAAAACUUUCAUCUGCUGUUAUAAUGCAGUUGAUCAUGGACAGUCCCAGUAAAAGCCCCGUGAAUCCUGAUCCCAAAUUUCUAGACAGAGACUAUGUUCAAAGCACUCCCGAUCUUAAUGGUAACACGAAAGACCUAAUGUCUAAGUGUGAAGACAAAGAAUGGGAUGCCGGAUUUUUCAGUCAUUCAACCUCCGCGGAUCCCAUGAGUGUGGAUGAGUCGGAUGAUCCAAACAGCCUGGAGGAGGAACUCAACUCGUCAACCUAUCACACGGACUUGAACGGAGAGAUGGUACCAUUGAACAAGGACGAGCUUACUGACACUUCCUUUCACUCUCAUCCCUGUGAGGCUAAUCUGACUUACACUGUGCCAACUCCGGUUAACGCGAACCUAAACGAACUCGUUGACCCCCUCCAAGAGUUGACCCAGAUCCACAUCAAGGAAAAGAAAUAUCCGGUUCUCCCUUCCAUCACCAAAUCUUCAUGUUCGCCCCGAUCCAACACCAGUAAGAACUCUCUCAACAAUGAACUAACUGACGAGUUUACUCUUGUGCGUGAAACGACAAAGAACCAAAUGGAUUUUUCGCGAGAGAGGAUGGAGAAAGAGGCCGAUUUUUUCGCAGAUCAUCGAGUUCAGUCGAAAAAAGUGAAAAUCACCCCGCGAAUCCAUCCCUUGCCGCCUAUUCAACCAACCAGUGAUCCAUCGCCAGAUAAAACAUAGAGGAUCUUAAAAUUAAAACCCUCUAUUGUCUAUGUGCAUUCCAUCUGACUGCUGAAAAGUACAAAACAUGGAAAUUAUCCUCAAUUAUUCAUAGCACCAUCACUUUAUCCAUCAUCGCUCCGAUGAGUCCCAGCUAGUGAAUGUUACUGUUAAGGGUAUGACUUAUUGUCUAAUCCUGUUUUAUUGAUAAGACUUUUGAUACUUUUUUUGGUUUUUUGUUCAGUGGGUAUACAUCAAAGGAAGCGGUGAUCAUCAGCAAAUAAGGGAGCUGGCUUUUGAUCAUGUCAGUUGCAGGUUGACUAAUACGUCACACACAAUGAACUUUCAAAGGACAAUUCCUGUUUUUUUUAAUUAAUUACAUGUUUCAUUAGAUUACUGGGCAUAAAUGAUAUUGAAAAGAAAGUCCCUCGAUAGUAUAGCUGGUAUGAAUUUUAAAAUAAGAACAUUAUACAAAUCAUCAAUAUUUAAACAUCUACAGAUAGUUUGUGUCAUCCUGUGGUAUUAAAAUCAUUAGAUAGAUAAAUAAAUCAAUUAAGGCUUUAUAAUUAACACCAGUAUGAACUUAAAUAAUGAAACACAUCCUUUUUUUCUAUUGUUUAUUGUUGAUGAGCUGAAUGUAUAUUUGAAACUAAAAUGCUUCACAUGAAAUGCAAUAUAGCA